GGGAGCUAAAACCUGGCCAAAUCACGCCUGUGCUAAAUAUCUCUGGAUUUAGCCUCGUCAGACUUUCCGUGUGAAAUGGACUCAAAGCGGAAGUUGUUAUUCAACCAUUUGUCGUAACUUGGUUUGGAUUUCUUGUUGGAAAAAGCGAGCCGCUUGAACCAAAGUAGGGGGGUGAAGUUUUUGGGAAAGCCCUUUUUCUGGGACUGCUGACGCGUCCUGCGUGCCGAAGCACCGCGGACUUAUCCCAGCUUCCACCAUGUUUCUCUACUUUCUAGCUUUGUUAGCCUUUGUUUUACAGGCUGAAUGCUACUUCUCGGAGGAAAAGUAUCCAGAGGAAUCAAAAAUGCAGCCUCCGACCGUGGUUGUUGCGAUAAUAGCCCGGAACAGUGCUCACUCCCUGCCGUACUACCUCGGAGCUCUGGAGAGACUCAACUACCCCAAAGACCGCAUCUCUGUGUGGGCAGCCACAGAUCACAACAUAGACAACACCACCGCUAUACUGAAAGAAUGGCUCACUGUUAUGCAGAAGUUUUACCAUUAUGUCGAAUGGAGACCCAUGGACAAGCCCACGUCAUAUGCAGGGGAGUUUGGUCCCAAACACUGGCCCAACAGCAGAUAUGAGUAUGUCAUGAAGCUGAAACAGGCUGCCCUAAACUUUGCCAGAAAACGCUGGGCUGAUUACAUCUUGUACGCUGACACAGACAAUAUCCUCACCAACCCAGACACACUGAACCUGCUGAUAGCUGAGAACAAGUCUGUCAUCGCUCCUAUGCUCGACUCUCAGGGAGCAUACUCCAACUACUGGUGUGGUAUCACCCCUCAGGGGUAUUAUCGUCGCACAGCUGAGUAUUUCCCCACCCGACACCGCCACAGACUGGGCUGCUUCCCUAUGCCCAUGGUCCACUCCACCAUGCUGCUGGAUUUAAGGAAGGAAGACAUGAAGAAACUGGCUUUCUUCCCUCCUCACGAUGACUAUUCAUGGCCUUAUGAUGACAUCAUUGUGUUUGCAUUCUCCUGCCGUGCUGCACAGAUACAGAUGUACCUGUGUAACAAGGAGCGCUAUGGCUACCUAAACGUACCGGCCAAACCUCACCAGACGCUGGAGGAUGACAGCCUCAACUUUGUCCAUGUGCAUCUAGAGUCAUUAAUUGAUGGUCCUCGCAUGUAUCCCUCACGCUUCGUCCACAUGUCCCCCAAACAGAGAGACCUCAUGGGCUUUGAUGAGAUAUUCCUGAUUAAUCUGCGACGACGCCAGGACCGCAGAGAUCGCAUGCUGUACUCUCUGAAUGAGCUGGAGAUUGAUGUAAAGGUGGUGGAUGCUGUGGAUGGAAAUGCACUGAACAGCAGUGACAUCAAAAUCCUAGGUGUGGAUCUGCUGCCGGGCUACUAUGACCCGUUCUCUGGACGCACCCUUACCAAAGGAGAGGUGGGCUGCUUCCUCAGCCACUACUUCAUCUGGAAGGAGAUGGUGGACAUGCAGAUGGAUAAGGCGCUGGUUUUUGAAGACGAUGUUCGUUUCCAGGCCAACUUCAAACGACGGGUUCUCAGGCUGAUGGAAGAGGUAGAGCAGGUGGAGCUGGACUGGGACAUCAUAUACUUGGGCAGGAAGCAGGUAAAUCCUGGAAAGGAGGAACCUGUGGAAAACGUUCGUAAUUUGGUUGUGGCUGACUACUCGUACUGGACGCUAUCGUAUGCCAUCUCACUGCAGGGAGCCCAAAAACUGCUCAAUGCUGAGCCACUGUCCAAGAUGAUGCCCGUUGAUGAAUUCCUCCCCAUCAUGUACGACAAACAUCCAAAUGCAGACUACAAGUCCCAUUUCCCCAACAGAAACUUACAAGCCUUCAGCACACACCCCCUUCUGGUUCAGCCGUGUCACUACGCAGGUGAUCCUGAAUGGGUGAGCGACACAGAGACGUCAACUCUGUGGGACGAUGACAACGUACGCACUGAUUGGAGGGGUUCCCACAAAACCCUGAAAGGGGCUGCGCCACCAGAGAUGCUGUCAGCUGCCUACAGGGAUGAACUUUAGUACGAGCAGACGGAGAUGGCUGCAAGUCAGAGAUCAGGGGGUCAGACAGCGAGAUGCUGAGAAGAGAUAGUUCUUACAGAUUUUCUUUCAGUCCACACAGUGUCAAAUCACUGCCAUGCUCAGUGUCAUGUUAACUGGACUUUGUGUUCAUCAAAGCAUGUUAGCAGCAGUAUGACACAGGAGUAUUAUUUAGUGGAAGAAUGUGAUGGAAUGGUUUAUUUGAGCCUGUUUGUAAAGUUUUGUAAAACACUCUCUGUCUUAAUACUUGUACAGAUAACUCUGCAGUUAGUGAGGUAAUUUAAUCAGAUAUUUUGCUUAUUUGGGAAUGCAUUCUUUACAAAGCAGUUUCUUCACCAAUAUGUCCACAAAAGUGUCUAAUAGCACAAAUUAAAAAGUCUAAACACAAUUCCUGUAGCAAAAUCCUAGGGAGCUGCUUAACGAUGAAUACCCAGAACCUUUGUGGUGUAAAUUGAAGUUGCUUACCUUUACCUUAGGUAGCUAAUGCAGGAGCAAAGUCAGGUUUUUCAGGAUUCAGCAUGAUUGCAAACAUUUGUUUUGCAACAAAACCACUUCUUGGUUGAAAAAUGGCCACACCUACUAGGGUUUCAUUGCUUCUUUUGUGCCAGAACCGAUAGUGAAUAUUAGUUCAUCAGACCAGUAACUGAUACUUGGAAUCAAUAUGUAAUUAUUGUGAGACAAGUUGUAUUUAAUGUGACGUGAUUGAAAAAAAUGAGGGAAAAUAAAUAAUUUAGCACUAGGUCUAUCGGAAACAAGAAAUGUUGCAUUACGCUCACUGUCAGUGGCACUCAGGCUUUAGCUUUGAUUAACUUGUACUCGUGUGACAUCUAGCCAGUCUAGGGCUGGGUACUUCCCACAGCCUGAUGAUACAAUACCUAUCUUUUUUUUUUCAAGUUUUAAGGAUCAUAUACUUUCAAACAUUUCAAUUCAAAUCCACAGAUAUCCAAGUUAAUUGAAGUAGUCUAUUUAUAAUCACUAAUUAAUAAAGGCAAAUACAGUAAUAUUUAACUUGAAAUGGCCCUCUCUGUUGUCUAUCUUGCUGUUUUUUUAUACUUCUAAUAUAGUAUUAUGGUUACUACCAGCCCACUUGUAUUUGUAAGAAUGACCUUUUGCUUUACUUCUGCAUAGAAUGGCAUCACUGUUUCUGUAGUAAACUGAUGAGUGAGGAUUAAAUGGUGUCACUAGCACCCCCACUCGUUGCCUGAAGCCUACAAUAUGAGUGAUGCUGUAUAGCUCAAGUCUUUACAAAGAAAUCAUGAAGUGCUGCUUAUGAUCUUCUGAUCCCCUUUAGAAGUUGAGGGAGAUUUUGACAUUUUACCUUGUUUACUGCAUAGCUUGAAUGACUCACAUCACUUGAAAUAAUCCAGUAUUUGGCAGCAGAUAGAAACUUUGAAACUGGUGUUAUUGCAGCGUUUUAUCUUAUUUACUGCACAUCUUUUGUUUUUUUUGUACUUUAAAACUGCCGUCACAGCAUGUACAGCCAUAUUGAUUCUGUAGUAUCUGUAUCAAUGAUACGUGAUAUCCUCACGAGACAAUAAAUUGUGGUAUCGAUUUUAUGAUUGCAGGCCUAAGCCAGUCAAGUUGUGUUAUGGGAGGAAUGUUAGAUGAGACAGAAGGGAAGUGCACUUUCUGAUUUACUAAUUAAUUAAUUUAUUGGGCUGGCCAAAUACCGGUCUCAACAAUCGACCAGGCUGAUAAUCUGUCUGACCCAAAUAUCCCCUUUACUGCUCACUCUCUUUAUGGUGAAAAUAAUCAUUUCUCUGUUCAUGUAAAUUAAAAGGAAGUUCUAUAGAUAUGUUUAUUAAUUUAUCUUCCAUGAUUGCUAUGAAUGUUAACUGGCACCUGCAUUUUCGAGCGGAGGGUAUCAGACAUUUUCAGAUCAUUGUGUGGAUCACUGAUAAACACAUAUCAAUUAACAAUAUUCACACAAAACAACAAGUCCAUUUUUUUUUACCAUAUUUUUGCAAUUCCUCUAUUUCUUGACAUUUUGACCCUGCAGAGGGAGCUGGCUGAUGGAUUCACCACCUCUGUAUUUAUUUUCUGCAAAAACAAGUUUUGCUGUGAGAGGAAAAAGUGACAAUUUUUUAUUUUUCCAAGGAGUGUUUUUGGUGUUAAACAUUUUCAGACAUUUCAGAAUCCUGAAACCCUCUAGUUUGACCCCUUACAAGUCAACUAAGGCAGAGAUAAACAUUUUCAAUAUUUACUGUUAAGGUUGUGGGUAACCCAGCUUUCAGCAGCUCUUUAUAAUUUUUAAACUUUAAUAUGUGUUAUUGGUCACGUUAAGGAACACUCUAGCAAAGAUGUGUUUGUCGAGGAACGUAUUCCUAGAUUUUUACAAUUUUUCCUGACUAAGUUUCACCCUUCAUUAACAAACCAUACCUUUCUCUCUUGAAUUACUCUUUUUGAUGUGUUGGUAUAUUAUUGUAACUAUCAGUUUGACCAUUUUUGCAUGUCUUAUCUCUGUUCUUUUAAGAUAUAGUAAUGUUUUAAGAGAAGAUUUUUUUUUCUUGAUUCCUGCUACAGAUUAAAGUUGAGGUACCUCAUAGUUACUUGGGAAUGUAUCUGCCUAUUUAAGUGAAAGAUUUUGUUCAGGAAAAAAUGUAAGGUUAACGCAUUGAAUGUCUGCAUCUUGACAAUCUAAGCCUCUCAGAAAAACACUGAUCUCAUGUGGCUAACUCUCUCUCUACAUUCAGCCACAACAAUUGGAUUUGAAAUUUUGAUUAUGCUUGAUAUUUACAUUAUUCCCAGCUCUACUGCCAAUAAGUCACUUGUGCUCUGGUUUGUGAUGUUAUACUUUAGAAAGUUUGUGUUUACAUUCAAUAGACCUUAGAUCAAUCAAAGUAAGCACCUGGCAUCUUAAUUAUUUGAAAUAGGAAUUAUCAUCCUCAGAACCUAAAAAAUGGGCCUUAAAUGUAUAUUGAGUCAAAAUUACAUCAGAAAUGUUUCCAUAUUUUCUUGGGUAACAUUACAUAUUCUUUGCACUAUGGUAAUGCAUUUAUUUACAAGUCAAAGGAUGCAUUUUAUAUUGCAUUUUUUAAAAGAUGCUUGCUUUAGACAUUUUCCUUUGUAACAAGCAACUGAAAUGGCUCUAAUAUUUAAAUUGCAUGAACUGCAUGUCAUGACAAUGGUUUUUUAAUCAAUUUGGGGUUGAAAUAUAUAUAUAUAAAUAAUACAGAGAAAAAACUCUCAGAAAUACAUAUCAUGAUGAUAACUCCAUUUUUUGAUAGUUAAGAUUGCAGCAAGCAUUUAUCCGGAUUCUUUACAGGGUUGUUCUUUUUUAGAGAGCUUUCCUUUGCUUUAUGUUAUGUUAAAUAAAAUUCAUAUGUACUGUUUGGGCCUUUUAAACACAGCCUUUGGUAUCUUGAUUGUUGUAUCACUGGGAUCCUUAAAUCUAAGCUUGUGUUCAAUCAUUAUUACAUUUAUCUCUUUGGUCUUAUGCAUUUUCUAUAUUGUUUUUAAUGCAGUUCUCCAUGUCUUUAUUUAUUUGUUAGGUACUUCUUGAUGAUGUUUACACAUUAGUCAGAUAAAAUGAUGUAAUGAAAACAAAGUGCAAUGGCUUUUCUGCCAAAAUCCUCUCUUUCUCUCCCUCAGAUGUCUUCAAUAUUUAAAACCCAGAUGUUUGGACAAUUGUAAAGCAAACUUUUCAAGCGUA